GUGGGGUAAUGUGGCACACCAUGUCUUGGCUGGAAGCAGUGACCUGAGUGUGUCUGAAAUAUCUAUGAAAGAAAACUGUGCACAAACAACUAGAGUAUGUGUGGUCGAUCAAAUAAGAACCAUGGAAUUAACCAGUAAACUCUGCUUUAUUUAAACCACAUUGAUCAUGUUACAGCUCAUGUUUUUAUGCACAUUUAGAAUUAACGCUGUGAUGUUGCCACAUACCCAGAUGUUUCCGUUACAAAUAAGAGAGAAUAGCAAAAUUACAUAAGACCCAUGUUGUAAUUGUCUGAAGCUAUUCUUUAAUUGUAUUAUAAUUUUAUCUUUCUUUGAAAUUCAACCAGAGGGACUGACAGUGAAAUGAACGUCAUCCAGUUUCUUUACAUGUCUAGUGACCUUGAUCAAUCUCGAACUUGUGGAUUGUGUGUGUGUUGGGAGUUUGCACAUAUGAUUCAUCUCAUCUGAUAAGAAAUUCAAGAGAAGUCUUAACAGGAAGUCUAGUAGAGAGAGACAAAUUUUUCUUUCACUUCUCAUAAAUCGCAGUGUUUCCAAACAAACGCCAGAAAUCACAGAGAGAGAAGGAAUCGUGCUGACUGCUGUCCUGAACUGCUGUCUGUCAAGAAUCUUUACAGAAUGAAGAACACAUCCUGUACUUCUGUCAGCUUUGACUUCACAGGCAGAUUCCUGCCUCCUGUUUUCAUCUUAGUAUUCAUCAUUGGUCUGGUUGCUAAUGGAUGGGGAUUGAAGACUUUGCUGCAGAAAUGGAAGAAACUAAAGAUCAUCAAUGUGUUUGUUCUCAACCUUGGACUUGCAGAUAUGUUGUAUCUGCUCACACUGCCAUUUUUGGUGGAUUACUACAUCAGGAAUAGACAGUGGAUCUUUGGAGAUGCAUUCUGCAAGAUAACAAGAUUCUGCUUCAACCUGAAUUUAUACGGCAGCAUUGGAUUCCUCACUUGUAUAAGUGUAUUCAGGUACCUGGCUGUUGUUCAUCCAAUAAGAGUGAUGGGAAGAUUAACUGUCACCCAUUCUGUGACUAUCUCAGUCAUGGUUUGGCUGUUAGUGGGUGUUCAGAGUCUUCCAGACAUGUUCUACACCAAAACAUCUGGGAACAAGUCUGGGACAUGCUACGAGACCACCUCUACAGAACAUGUGGAGGAUUACCUGAAAUACAGCCUUGGAUGGACACUGAUGGGGUUUUGUAUCCCAUUCCUUGUCACACUGGGCUGCUAUGGACAUGUGAUUGUUGUUCUCUGCCGCAAAAAUACAACUGACAAGGUACUGAAACAGAAAUGCCUGAAGUUGUUGUUUAUUUUGAUCCUUCUCUUCUCUGUUUGUUACAUCCCAUUUCAUGUGUUAAAGAACCUAAAUCUCCGGUCAAGGGUUCUGAGCAAACAGAAGCUUUGCAGUGAAUGGUCUAAUGGAGUUUACAUCGCUCAUCAGAUAAGUCGUGGCCUUGUGUGUCUGAACAGUGCUCUCAACCCUCUGGUUUAUCUCCAUGGGAAUGAGGAAGUUCCUGCUCAGCUCAGACAGCAGCUCCAGCGAGCUCAUCAGAUGUUCAGUCGUUUGCUUCCGUCAAACUCCGGCUCUGUGCCUUUGGCACAAACUGCAGAUGAAGUUCAGCACAUGUAAGCAUGUCAGUAAUUCUGUGAAAAUAAUUCUAUAAACAUCUGUUCUUUGUUGCAGUGCAAAUUGUAGAUGAAGUUAAAUAACAAUGGUUGAUAACUGAAAGCUCAAAUGGUUGCUCUCAGCUUCAUGAGACUGGUUAGUAUCUGUUUCAACUUUACAAAUAUUGUAUUUUGCCUCAAAAAAUGAAUUCAUUUUAUUUUUGAACUUUGUGUUUCUCAUAAUUCCUUUAGAAUAAGCAAAAAAAAAGUCAGACAUAAACAGCAAAAUCAAAUAUAUCACGAGUCUUGAUGUCUGGGGAGAUAAUGUUCACAUUGUGUUGUUGGAGGUGGGAAAGCACAGUGUCUCA